AUGAGGGGGAAUUCUGGUAUUAAAGAACUGCAUGGCCAAAGGUACGAAGAAAUUCCAGUGCAGUUAAUUCCAAUAGUGGUAGAUAAAGAUGGAGCAGAACUCCAGUCUUCAUCCUUUGCUCAGGCUUUGCGAAAAUGUCUUCUUGAUUUCAGUGCAAAAGCUUCAAUUUUAAGAAAAGUUGGACGUUACUUUGAUUAUGAAGUUUAUGAAGAAAAAGUUCGUGGAAAUACAAGUGUAAAUGUGCUUUGCAGAGUUACAAAGGAAUCAGACUUGCGUGAAUUUGAGGAACGAUUUUACAGCGAUCAACUUGCAAAAAGUCUAGAACAAUAUUUGACAUCUGUUGGGUUCCAUUGGGAUUUGAAUAUUGGAUAUGGAAGCAAAAAGAAGGAAUUCAAAUUGAAAGUAAUCAUAGAAAGAAAAUGCUUUACACAGAAGCCAACUGACUUUUCAAAGAUUUCAAGGGCAUCAAAGUUGGAAGUGGAGGACAAGUUGAAGAGGAAGCAUGAAUCUGAGAUAGGAGAAAAUACAGGGGUAAAAAUGACUUGCAUUUAUCUGUUUAAGCAUCCUUG